UGAGAAUUUAUUUUUAAAACGAAGCAUAAUGAGAAUUAAUUUCUAUUUCAAUAAUAUUAAGGGAAAUCGUUCAAUUUUUAUUUUCUUUAUUUUUUAAAUAUAUAUUUUAAAAUUUUAUAAUUAAUAAAAAUUAAAAAAAUCCUAGUGUACUAUGCUGACAUUUUUGAGAUAUUGUUUCAGCUUUAUCGAUUUUUGCUAAAAUCUCCUCCCUUUCUUUCUCUCAUUUUCCCCUCAUCCCCAAAACUUAAAAAAUUAAGAAAUUAAAUAAAUAAAUUCAAGAAAAUAAAAUAAAUUUAACAAAAAUACAAAAAAAUAAAAUAAAAUAAAAAAAAGCUCAUAUUUUUCUUCACUGACAGAUAGGAAUACCCUCUGCAAAUUUCCUAACACACGCACGCAUACUCCCUUUCUCUCUCUUCAUGUCAUACAUCAUUACCUAAAGCCAACGGAAAUCAUAAAUGUGCACACAAAAUUUUUAAAUAAAAAAAAAAUCACAAUAAUAACAAAAUAAAUAAAUAAAUACUCUAAAAUAAAAAUAUUAGAGAAAUUAAAAUAAAAAAAAAAAAGAAAAAAACAGGACAGGACAGAACAGAAAAAACCACAGUAUAUUGGGUUUCGGGCCCCUACCAUACCACAACUCUUCCUUUUUAACACCCCUUCAAAUUCUCACAAUUCUUGCUUCAAAAAUUUCUCAUAAAAACUUUGGGUUAUUUUUAUUUUUGGUUUUGUGGGUUGUUUGAAAAUGGACCAACCUUUUUUUCUUCAUUUUGAUAACAGUGAGUCGAAUUUACCACCUGGGUUUAGGUUUCAUCCAACUGAUGAAGAACUUAUUUCUUAUUAUCUGCUUAAGAAAGUUCUUGAUGGUAAUUUUAGUGGUAGAGCUAUUGCUGAAGUUGAUCUUAACAAGUGUGAGCCUUGGGAACUUCCUGAGAAGGCGAAGAUGGGGGAGAAGGAGUGGUACUUCUUCAGCUUAAGAGACAGGAAAUAUCCAACGGGGUUACGGACUAACCGGGCAACAGAAGCUGGUUACUGGAAGGCAACCGGGAAAGACCGGGAAAUUUACAGUUCCAAAACAAGUGCAUUGGUUGGAAUGAAGAAGACUUUGGUGUUUUACCGGGGAAGAGCUCCUAAGGGUGAGAAAAGUAACUGGGUUAUGCAUGAGUACCGCCUCGAAGGCAAAUUUUCUUACCACUACCUUUCUCGCACCUCUAAGGAUGAGUGGGUGAUCUCAAGGGUGUUUCAAAAGAUCGGUAACGGAAUCGGAACAACAAGCACCGGCACCACCAACACCGGAGGCGGAAAGAAAACUCGAUGCAGUGGAAUCAUGAGCAGCCUCUACAAUUACAAUAGUAGUAACAAUGAUGCAUGCAGCUCACCUUCCUCAGCUUCAAUCUCAAUCUCUCAGCAGCUUCCACCACUCCUGGACUCCUCCCCUUACGGCGGAGCCUUGAAUGAGGCUUGCUCCUACGACGAUGGGAGCGAAUCCAACAAUACCACCAACAAUCCAAUCAAGAAAGAGCACGUGUCCUGUUUCUCCAACAACAACAACAACAACAUAAAUAUAAACAACACUAGUAGUACUAAUAAUAUUAUUAGCAACUUUAACCCUUUUGAGCUCACAUUUGCACCCCCACCACCAAUGAUGAGCACUCCACCUCCUAGGAGUAUUACUAGUAGUAGUAGUAACUCAUUUACCUUAUCCGGGGUAGGGUUACCGGUUUUCCCUAGCCUAAGGUCCCUCCAGGACAACCUCCACCUCCCUUGGGUCGGUGGGGGAACACCAGUCCAAGGCGGGUGUGAAUUAGAUGUGAUGAUGGGAGGUACUAAUGCAACAUGGGGUGGUGGCAAUGGCGGUGGCGGGGUCAGGUUUGAUCAUUACAUUGGUGGUGGAAGGGUGGGAAUAGGUGGUGGUGGUGGUGGUGGUGGGAGUGAGCUAGACUGCAUGUGGAGUUACUGAUAAUGACAAGGCUUGCUAAUCAGUCUGCAUGGUGUUCUUGCAUUGCUUGUCUGAGUGGGUUUGACUUUUGGGGGCCUUUAGCUUUAGCUUUAGGUAGGCUAUUCUAUGUGUGUGUUAAUCAGAGUUUGAUGUGAGUAGGGUUAUGGUAUGGUACUAUGGUAUGUUAUCUAGGUUGUUUGGUACUAUGAGUUAGUUUCUACUACUUGUUUUUAUUUUUAUUUAUUGUUGUUGUAAGUUUAUUUGUGUAUUUCUUUUUUAAUUAGGGUUAAAAAAAAAAACUUUGUUUCUAGCUAGUGAUUGUUGUUGUAUGAUUGUGUUAUGUACUUUGUGGAAUCUUUGUUUUGUACUAUAUUAUUAAAUUUAUGUGUUGUUAGAUUGUUGUAUUAAUUAAGUAGUUUGUGCAUGGUGUUGAUAGAUUAUUAUUAAUAUUUUUUUAAGUCUUCAUUAUAUGGGUUAAUUCAUCGUGUGGUGUUGAAAUUUUAUUUUAGUACUUCGAUUUCUGUAAUUAAUUGAUAUUGCAUGUUUUAAUUAGAUGAAAUAGAUUAAAGGGUAAUUUCGGGGGUAGAAUAUAAUCAACACAAACAAAAGUAAUUGGCGGAUAAUAAAUUUAUGUACAACAAGAAUUAGGAGUUGAAAUAAUACAUUCAAAACUAGGUGUAUCAGUGUAUGCAUUUUGGUUGUCAAAAAAAAAAGAAAAGAAAGAGUGUAUGCAUUCUUAACAAGUGCUAUAAUAUGAGUUGAAGGGGUACAGGAUUUCCAUUGUAUUAUUAUCAAUUGGAAGAUUUAAUUGAAAUUGAAAUCAAAGUUAGUAGGGUACUUGAGAAAAAAGUGACUAAUAGUACCAAUUACCAAUUACCAAGUGACUAAUCCAUAGUUAGAUUUUAUUAAAGUGA